AUGGCCCAAAGAGUUACCUACAGAAGAAGAAACCCUUACAACACCAAGUCCAACAAGAUCAAGGUUGUGAAGACUCCCGGUGGUAAGCUCAUUGCCCAACACGUCAAGAAGAUCGCUUCGAGACCCAAGUGUGGUGACUGUGGCAUUGCCCUCCCCGGUGUCGCUGCCUUGAGACCCAGAGAAUACGCCAACAUCUCCAAGACCUCGAAGACCGUGCAAAGAGCUUACGGUGGUCUGUUGUGUGGCAACUGUGUCAAGACCAGAGUCAUCAGAGCCUUCCUUACCUCGGAACAAGCCAUCGUCAAGAAGGUUCUCAAGGACGCCGAAAUCAAGGAAAAGAAGGCUGCCAAGAAGACCGGCAAGAAGUAA